AUGGGUUCAGAAGGAGAGGGUAGGACCUUGAGCAGUGAGAAAAGUGAAGGAUUGGAAGGAGCUGAAGGGGAUGGUGGUGAGGAACUAGAGGUGCAAGGGGGAGGACGAGCUGAAGAAGGAGAGGAGAGGGAUGGAAGGCGGAAGUCUUGCGGCGUCGAGGGCAGAGGAAGAUUGGAAAACAAAGGAGGAGGAGAAGAGGUUGCUGGUGCUGGCAGAUUUGGAGAUGGGGGGAGGAGGGUGGUGGAAGAGGUCAUGGGAGGUGAACGAGAGGGAGGGGAGGUUGGGUUUGAGAGGGAAGGGGGUGGAGGAGGAGCCGGAGAGGAUGAUAUGGGUGGUGGAGAUGACGAUGGAGGUUCUCGAGGGGAAGAGGAGGAGGAGGAGGAGGAGGAGGAGGAGGAGGAGGAGGAGGAGGAGGAGGAGGAGGAGGAGGAGGAGGAGGAGGAGGAGGAGGAGGAGGAUGGUGAAGAUGAAGAGAGUAGCGACGAGAGGAGUCCAGGUGGGGAGGAUGGAGCCGUGGCUGGUGCUGAAAGCAAUGUCAACGUAACGGGAAUCAGCCGUGUGCGGGAUGAGGUGGUGAGAGAGAGGAUGCGUGCGCUCACGUGUGAUGAGAUGUGUUUUGAGUCGACUCAAAGCAUGAGCCGUGUGCGGGAUGAGGUGGUGAGAGAGAGGAUGUGUGCGCUCACGUGUGAUGAGAUGUGUUUUGAGUCGACUCAAAGCAUGAGCCGUGUGCGGGAUGAGGUGGUGAGAGAGAGGAUGCGUGCGCUCACGUGUGAUGAGAUGUGUUUUGAGUCGACUCAAAGCAUGAGCCGUGUGCGGGAUGAGGUGGUGAAGGAGAGGAUACGUGCGCUCACGUGUUGUGAGAUGGUGACCAGUGUCACAAUCUCAUCACAAAAGAACUUCCUAGUCACAGAAGGGCUGCUGGGAGCCCGUCGCAUCUGCACUCUCUCUCACACGCCACCAGACUGGGGCCCCCACAACGCACGGGUGGCAGUGUGGGCGCUGCUAGAACAGCUAGCAGUCACUCUUCUCAUCCGCACGCUCCGACACCAGACUGCCAGGUGGCUGCACGUCAAGCCGCCACCUGGCACCCAGGCAGACGAAGGGGCAGCACUUACCCCUCCUGCUACAGCCGCUGCUACAGGAGACGGUAGAGGGGAGGAAGGGCAAGGGGAAGGGAGGGCUGGUGGGGGAGCGAGGGAGAGGGUGGGAGGAGUAAGGGCAGGAGGGAGAGUGCGGGCGGCGGUGAGUCAUGUGGUGGUGGCGAGUGUGGUGGCAUAUGUGGAUGGCCGGCUGUGUCGCCACAUCCCCAACGCGUUUCUGAGAAGGGUUGUGAGCGGCUUCCUGCUCAGCUUCGUGGACCUCUGA